ACAGGUCCAGGUAAGAAGGCGCACCAGAAGACGUCAUGGCUGUGGAUGUGGAGAAGAUCAUCCAGAGCAUUGCACAUGGAGACCAGGAGAGCGUCCUGAAGCAGCUGGACCUCUACAACACCCAGUUCGCUCAGUGUUUCUUUUUUAAUCUUGAAGAAAAAGAGAGGAAAAAGCAACGACAGCUGGAGGAGUUCCGCAGGAAUAAAGUGAGAGACUACGUUCCUGACUCGGACUCAGACGUCGGCUCAGGAGACGAUGAUGAUGAGGAUCCAGACCUCGUCUUACGCAGGCGUCUGGCUGAAGCUCUACUCCGGUUCGUCAGAACUCGUCUCCAGCCCAGCGUUCUCAGCGUGUCUUUGCGUACACUGCGUAUUCUCUCCCGCGAUCGCCAGGCACUCGCGCCCUUCAUCACCAACUCGGCCAUCCUCACCCUCACCCGCCUGGGUGGCAUCAAAGCCCCACCCGUUUCUCAAUCUGACCAUGCAGAGGAGAAGACAGAAGAAGAAGAAGAGAAGGUGGAUGAUGUCGACUCAAAUCCCGUCAAUAACACGGACCUUCACGUUCAAUUCACCGAUGCUGCAGGUCCUUGUGUAAGCCCCGCCUCCUCACACACCCCACACUGCAUGAGCAACAUCACAGAGAUGGAAAGAACUGACGCUAUUCACGGUGUGUUGGCGAGAGGAAAGAGGGACGUCCGAGAGGAGGACGAUGAGGGGACGAGUGAGUGGUGUGAUGAUGGAGAGGUGUGGAGGAAAGAAGCCAUGAAGACUCUCUGUAAUGUCAUCUACAACAGCCAGAGGGCGCAAGAGAGGGCUAGUGCACUAAGUCUUCUCUCAGGUCUCUCUGAAAAGCUGAAGGAUGGCCUUCACUCUGUGUCGCCCCCCAGCGGUCAGUUUUACGAGCUGCGGCUGCUGUUCCUGUUGACGGCUUUGAGACCUGAGCUCAGACGCCAGCUGCAGCAGGAACGAGGCGUGUCCAUGCUGACGGCCGCUCUGGAGCUGUGUUUGGAGGUGCAGUGGGCUGACAUGUACGAGGUGAUGGCCUGGGACUCAGAGUCGCCCCCUGUCCGUAAGGAGGCGUCUCAGCGCGCCCUCGAGAUCCUGAAGGUCCUGUUUAAUGUCACGUACAGCUCGCACACGCAGCAGCCUGAUGAGGAGGACGCAGCUCUGUAUCGCCGCCUAGCUGCUGUACUGCGUCACUGCCUCCUGCUGCGCUGCCAGGGAGAAGAACUGACUGAGGAGCUACAGGGACAGACGGUGAAUGUGUUGUCAGCUCUUCCUCUGCAGUGUCUGGACGUCCUGCUCUCGGCUCGUCUCUCUGAGGGGUCGAGGGAGUCGGGCGGAGUCAACAUGGACUGUGUGCACUCACUGCUACUGUUCAUGGAGAAGAGACUGGACAGAGGUCAUAAGCUGAAGGAGAGACUCACUCCGGUGCUGAACCUCCUGACUGAGAGCUGUAGAGCACACACAGAAACACGACACUAUCUCAGACAGCAGAUCCUGCCCCCGCUGAGAGACGUGGCACUGAGGCCUGAGCAAGGGGACACGAUUCGUAAUAAACUGGUGAGACUGAUGACUCAUGUGGACACGGAGCUGAAACACUGCGCCGCUGAGCUGCUGUUUGUGCUCUGCAAAGAAAAUGUGGGUCGGUUUGUGAAGUACACCGGCUACGGCAACGCUGCAGGUUUGUUAGCAGCCCGCGGCCUCCUGAGCGGGCGCAGCGCAGCGUCUCAGCAUCAGUACUCCAGCGACUCGGACUCGGACACGGAGGAGUACCGACAGGCCAGAGACCGGAUCAACCUGGUGACGGGGCGAGUGGAGGAGCCGCAGCCCGACCCCAUGGAGGGGAUGAGUGAGGAGGAGAAGGAGGCUGAAGCUGUGCGUCUCGUCUCCAUGUUCAACAGACUCUCCAGGGAUAAGAUCAUUCAGCCGAUGUUGGUGAUGCCUGAUGGCCGACUGGCGCCUCUCUGUGGCCGUAUGAGAAACAGCACCCUGGAAGAAGAGGAGGAGGAGGAGGAGGAAGAAGAAGCAGACUAUGAAGAAGAAGUGGAUUAAAAUGUCAUCCGGAACCAUGAGCCUCCAGUAUUCACUUCCAGCUCCGAUCCGACCGCUGAUGUAGUGGACUGGAGGUGGAUUCUGCAGCAGCAGGGCUGAUAAUCCAUGAAGAGCAAAAGAUGGAAAGGGAAAUAAAUAAAUAAAUAAAUAAAUAAAUAAAUAAAUAGAAUGAAAGGGUCUCAGUGCUGGAAGGAGAAAGGGAGGUGAGGAAUGAUAUAUAACGUACAUUAAAGCCCAGGCCAGUGAUAUCAAAGGAAAUGUGUGUGUGUGUGUGUGUGUGUGUGUGUACAUUAUGCAUGUCAUACAAUUUAGCGUCUCUGCAGAAAAAAUCUUUAAUAUUUUUCAAGAGUGAGAGUUUUAGAGAGAGACAAAGGAAGAAAGACAGCCGUCAUCACAGACAGAAAAAUGCUAGCAAGGUUGCCAUGACUGCGUUGCCAUGGUAACUACAGGAAUAUGUAGUUCUCCAGAUUUGAGAGAUUUUCUCUCUCUCUCCUUCUCUCUCUCCUUCUCUCUCUCCUUUUCCAAUAGUGGAGUGUUUACCGCGGAUGAGAACUGCUGAGGAUCAAAUCUAAUGCUGUGUGAGCUGUAAUGAAAGAAUAUUAGCAGCUAAAUAAAAAAACAUUUCA